CCGGGAUCGCCAUUUACCCCAAGGGAAUUUCCAGAGCCAGCAGAAGUGCAGCGAAGAGCCAAGGCCGGAUCGGAGAAAGUCUUAUCAGAUUGGAAUACUUUACGAAAGAUUGUUGAGAGACAUGCUGAAGUUCUUGAAAAGCGAUGGGUCAAGAAGACGAAAAAGAAGCAGAGAGACAUGCUUUUACAAGCCUGGCCAAACAUGUCUGCUACUCAUCGGCCUGAUUAUGAAGCUUUUCGGCAAGAGAAUACAGGACGACACUGGAUUGGCCUUUCCAAUUUUCAAGAAGCAUACAAAUGGCCGUACAUCAACCAACAAGAUCUUUGCAGCAGAUCUCUUAUCAUCUUCAUCACCAGCCGUGGCCGUAAUCCUCCCAGCAGCUUUGCCAGAGCAGACGUCGAGGCCACUCGCCUAGGUACUGUUGGUCAUUUCAUCCCAGAGCCAGCCUUCCUCCAAGGCUUCACGCUCUUCAUGGAUGGAGAGACACCAGAGACUUACGGAAAAUUGGUUUCGUGGGACGAAAACAGGGAAGCCGCUGAUUUGAUGUUCAGCCAAAGACAAUUUACUCCCGGACAUGGUUUGCGUGUGUUCGAACUUCAGGAGAAGGUCUACCCUUUUCUCAUCAAGUGUUGCGAGCUCAUUUUACAUGAUCUCGUGCAGUCCGGAUCGCUUCUAGAUGACAAGUUCCCGAUCGUCCCAGAAGCUGUAUCUGCUUCCGACCCCACAGAUACUGAGAUGUUGCCCAGCUUGACUUUGCUAUCCGCUGAAGCACCAUAUCGUCUGCCAGCAAACCUGGAUCUUGAUCGCUUACAUGCUAUCCUUGCUGCUAGACUUUCUGCAGCAGAAGACCAUCUUUGGGCAUUGAGAGAAGAUCCGGGUUAUUUUGCAGAGACUGUGAGAGACUGGAGCGAACACAGAAAUGACGCCCUACCAGAUACGUGGGGCAAUCCGCACCCGACUGGGCCACAUACGACCGAGUUCUGGACACGAGUGAUUCGAAAUGUCAUUGCUGAUGGAUACACCGGGUUUGAGACCUGGAAUCUUCUUCACAGACAGGUGAAUCGUCUUCGUGCUUUGAGAGACAAAUAUCAAGAUGAGAUCACUUACGACAAGCAACUCCCCGAGGAGUAUCUGCUUGAAAUCCUCAAGUUUCAACAAAUGCUGAAGGUCAGUUCUGAGUAUCCACUACACAACCUGAAGAACAUACAAUCAUCACCCCCUUUACGCCAUUGGUUUAUUCGCGAGCCUCAGGACCCAAACACAAUCAACAUGCAUAUCAGGUCUAUCAACGAAUAUGAUCCGCAUUUCUACAAGCUAUGGGGUCUUCUGUUCAUACUUUGGAAGCUGUUUGGAUUGAUAAAUGUAAUUGAUGCCUUUGAACAAAUCAUGCAAGAUCCUGCAGAGAAGAGAAACCUGUCUCCUUAUAUUGCGAAUCUAUUCUCUGAUCUUGCCAUAUUCUCGAGAGCUUUGCGAGAAAUUGAAAUCUACCAGCCAUGGGCAGCUACAUUUGAAGAGGAACAAAAAGUGAAUACUAACCUUCACGGACAGAAACACACCAAAGCAAUGCUCAAAAUGUACGAAGAAGCUACCUUUCAGCUCUACUACCUGGAACAUAUGGACCACGUCCUGAACGGCAUCACACAUUUGGCCAUGCCUGGAGAUCGCAAAUUCGACUAUCCAGUGAACAAGAAACGCACGCAGCAGACCACGGAAAAGAUGAUAGCAGCCGAAAAGAAUCUUGAUUACUUCUGGAGUCGAUUUGAUGCCAAUUGGAAAAAGUUGGCUAAGAAAAGUAUCAAUGAUUGCAUGGGAGAUCAUACUCCGAGGCAAAGAGAAAGCGGGCAGCAGAUAGAGCGCACGGCGCCUUGGGUAGAGCCGAUGAAGGAGCCCAAGAUGGCAUCGGUAUCCCGAGAGCCGAAAUCUUGGACCGGAUCAGAUGCCAAGGACGACAGGAUCUCAGUCAAAUCCAAGCAGAAGGUCAAGACGAAAGGAGUCGGAGUCGAAGAAGCUACAGCCCCUGAGCCUGAAGCUCCCGCACGCGACCAACACGACAAACAACCAACCUUCAAAGUCGACAAAUCCGCUCUGAAAGUCUUUAACGCUCUCUUCUUCACACCAGGCCAGACCUCGACACCAGGAGAGUUACCCUGGAUCGACUUCGUACGAGCAAUGGCAAGCACUGGAUUCGCUGCACAAAAGCUCUACGGUUCCAUCUGGCAAUUCACACCUACGACGUUGGAUGUCGAGCGAAGCAUCCAGUUCCAUGAGCCGCAUCCUGCCGUGAAGAUUAGAUUUCCUGUUGCGAGGCGGAUGGGGAGACGGUUGACGAGGACUUAUGGGUGGUAUGGCGGGAUGUUUGAGCUGGAGGAGACGAAGGAGACGAGGGCGGCGAUCUUGGAUGGAUGA